GUUCAGGUAUAAAUCUUAGAGAAAUGAUGCUAACAAGGUCUCUCAGGCCGGUAAGGACAGGGGUAAGAGCGCUUCACACCUCAUGAGGGUUAGUGGGAUACCCGAAUGUGGGAAAGAGCACUCUGUUUAACUCUUUGACACAAACACAACAAGCAGAGGCGAGUAACUACCCGUUCUGUACAAUUAAUCCUAAUACAGCGAAGGUUGGGAUAUUCGAUGAUACUAUCCUCAGUCUUGCUGAGAUAGUCCAGCCAGAGAAGGUAGUCCCUGCUCAGCUAGAGGUUUGGGAUAUUGCUGGUCUCAUUAAAGGAGCCAGUGAGGGGGCAGGCUUAGGUAACAGAUUCCUCUCUAAUAUCAGAACAGUGACUGUAAUCAUUCAAGUUAUCAGAUGCUUUACAGAUGUCAAUGUUUCUCACGUUGAAGGAACUGAUAGCUUCGACCCUGUCAGUGAAAUGGAUGCUGUGAAAACAGAGCUUAUUCUCAAGGACAUUGAAACUUGCCAGAAAAGAAUGAAAAGAAGGGGGCAGCCAAAGGAAGAGACUGUCUUUUGGGAGAAACUUUAUAAUCAUCUCAAUGAAGGAGAAGCUGCUAGAGAUAUGGAAAUGACUAAGGAAGAGGACCUUUUGGUUCGACAACUCUCCCUCCUCUCCCAUAAACCUGUUGUAUACUGCUGUAACACCGAUGCAGAAGCAAUGGAGGAAGGCGACAAUGAAAUUUCUAGUGAAUUUAAGCAGUACAUAAAUGAAAAUGAGCCUAACAACCCAGUCAUCACUUUAUCAGCAACAUUAGAAGAUGAAGCUUCUAUUAUAAAGAAUGAUGGGAAGACAGAUGCUGAGAAAUAAAGAAUUAUUCAACGAAUACUUUGAAGCUUAUGGCUCCUCUGGCAGUAAACUUCCUGAGCUGUUAAGCAUCUGUAGUGACCAUUUAAAUCUCCAGAAGUACUACACCGCUGGACCAGCAGCAGUGUCUUCUUGGCUAAUCGAAAAAGGUACGACUGCUGAUGAAGCAGCAGGCAAGAUUCAUAGCGAUUUCCAGAAGAACUUCAUCUGAGCUGAAAUUUCAAGGCUGGAAGAUUGGGAGCAGUACGGUCCAACUGAAGAGAACCUGAGAAAAUACAAUAAAUGGCAGAGAUAUGGUAAAGAUUAUGUAAUGAAACAAGGAGACGUGGUUGUGUUCAGACAUGGAGCUAAAUAA